CACAAGUCGAUUCAUAAUGUCCGGGUCAGGUUUUGAGAUAGCAGGAAUUGUACUUCGUGCAUUCCCACUCGCUAUCCACGCCCUCGAGAUAUGUCGCGAUACAGCAAAUCAAGUUGGCCUCUUUCUCCAAAUCAAGCUGGAAUAUAAGAGGUGGAGAGACGAGUUAGAGUAUCACAAACUACUAUUCACAAAGAAUUUAAGACAACUUCUGCUCCCUCUCGUCCUAGAUGACGACAAAAUCGGAGAGCUUCUACUGAUGCCAGGGGGAGAUUGUUGGCGAGAGAAGUCAGUCGCGGAACUUUUUGAAAAACGUCUUGGGGACUCAUAUGGUCUUUAUAUGCAAUAUAUACAAGGGAUGGGUAAGACCAUGGACGAAAUAAAUAGAGAGCUCGCCAUUGACUCUGAGUGGGCUCGGAAGAUGCUUGAUAGCUCGCAGAAAGCAUCGGAUAGCCAAUUCAAGCUGAGAGAAUUUCUCAGUCGCCAAUUUCAUAAGUUCAAGCUUAGCAGCAAUGGUGUUGUCCGCAAACGUCUAUUCGAGGAGCUACAAGAGUAUAACGAUAGGCUCGAGAGGCUGUUAAGAGCCAACGACGAAGAUAUGCACUUGUUAAUCGACAGAAGUUCAAGACACCAAUCAGACAAAAUUGACAUAACAAUUUGUAACUUUUGGAAAAAAGCUAAAAGCGUCUUUCUGGCCCUUGCUUCUGCUUGGACUUGCCAAUGCCAGCAACAUGGCGCAAACUUACUCCUUCAACAUCGAAUCACAAGCAAAGCCGAGUUUGAUAUCACUUUAACAGGAUUUAUUUCAUCUAUAUACGAAUGUCACAGAGUUCGGAUCUCAGAAGGCAAGGAUAAUGUGUUAAACGAGAGCAUUAGCCUUCUCGACAGUGUUCCCUCUCGGCAACCAAAUCACAAACAAAGGCGUCCAACAAAAUCUGCACUUCGUAUAAAGAGUGCAAUAAAGACGCUUAUAGGGUCGUCGAAAACUCAAACGUCAGUUACACUUGUGCACGCGGAAAAGAAACCCGUUAUCCCUACAUACAAUAAAAUAGUAAACCUCUGUGCUUCGUUGAAGAUGUCUGAAACGCCGUGCUAUGGUUAUCUUGAGGGAGAGGAAUGUCGAUAUCACAUUUUUGACAUAUCUCGGUAUAACAGCGACAUAGCUCGAUCGGUGACCUUGGACCAGCUGCUUCGCGGUGAUGUCCCUCAACUAUUAACUCGUUCGAAACGAUAUAAAAUAUCAUUGAUCCUAGCUUCGACAUUUCUUCAACUACUGGAUUCCCCAUGGUUGUCAGCAUUUCCAAAAAGAUCUGAUAUCGUUUUCUUUAACAAUAAUGAUGGAGACGCAGCGUUCUUUCGACUAGACCAACCACAUAUAAGCCGCGAUUUCAACACUUCGAAUGUAGCAAGCACAGAUUCUUCAUCAGAGAAUAUGUUCAACUUCACUGAGGCACUUGACCAUCUCGGUAUAAUGCUCUUAGAGCUUUGUUUUGGUAGAAUUAUGGAGGAUCAGCCGUGGGGAAAAGAACCGUCAGCAGGAGCAAAUGACCAGGAGAAGAAAGGACUUAACAUAUUGGCAGCUCGUGAAUGGCAGUGCCAUGUGAACGAAGAAGCUGGUGGAGACUAUGCUGAGGCGGUCUCGUGGUGUCUUGGAGGAAACCGGAUCGCGCCACAGGAAAGGUGGAGACAAGAAAUGCUGCGUAGAGUGAUACAGCCUUUGCAUAGGUGUCAUGAAUAUUUGUCAAAUGGCGGGAUUGAGAUAUAA